GCGCAGGCGCACAGGUACCAUUUUGACCGUAAACAUCCUGCCGAUUUGAACCGAGGAUUUGGGCGGCAGGAAGAGCUGCUGCGAAGCGGCAGCCAUCUUGUUUGUUUGAGUGAAUCGGAAAGGAGGCGGCGGCUGUGGCUGCAGCUUCUCCCAAGCUACACUUCACAAGGGAUUCCCCCUUUCCCCGCCCCCUCCCCCGACCCUUUUCCCCUCCCCGGGCCACCCAACCCGCCCAACUCCCAGCGAAGAGCAAGGUUGCCUUCUAUUUCAUAGCCAACUGGAACAAUGUUCUACGCACACUUUGUCCUCAGUAAAAGAGGGCCGCUGGCCAAAAUUUGGCUAGCGGCCCAUUGGGAUAAGAAGCUAACCAAAGCCCAUGUGUUUGAGUGUAAUUUGGAAAGCAGUGUGGAGAGUAUCAUCUCACCAAAGGUGAAGAUGGCAUUACGAACGUCAGGACAUCUCUUACUGGGAGUUGUUCGAAUCUAUCACAGGAAAGCCAAAUAUCUUCUUGCUGACUGUAAUGAAGCAUUUAUUAAGAUAAAGAUGGCUUUUCGGCCAGGUGUUGUUGACCUGCCUGAGGAAAAUCGGGAAGCAGCCUAUAAUGCCAUUACUUUACCUGAAGAAUUUCAUGACUUUGAUCAGCCACUGCCUGACUUAGAUGACAUUGAUGUGGCGCAACAAUUCAGCCUGAAUCAGAGCAGGGUGGAAGAGAUAACCAUGAGAGAAGAAGUUGGAAAUAUCAGCAUUUUACAAGAAAAUGAUUUUGGUGACUUUGGAAUGGAUGAUCGUGAGAUAAUGAGAGAAGGCAGUGCUUUUGAGGAUGACGACAUGCUAGUAAGCACUAGUGAUUCUAACCUCCUGUUAGAGCCUGAACAGAGCACCAGCAAUCUGAAUGAGAAAAUCAACCAUUUAGAAUAUGAAGACCAAUAUAAGGAUGAUAAUUUUGGAGAAGGAAAUGAUGGUGGAAUAUUAGAUCCAGUUGAACCCAUGCCAACUAUGACCGACCAAACAACACUUGUUCCAAAUGAAGAAGAAGCAUUUGCAUUGGAACCAAUUGAUAUAACUGUCAAAGAAACAAAAGCCAAGAGGAAGAGGAAGCUAAUUGUUGACAGUGUCAAAGAGCUGGAUAGCAAGACAAUUAGAGCCCAACUUAGUGAUUAUUCUGAUAUUGUUACUACUUUGGAUUUGGCACCACCUACCAAGAAAUUGAUGAUGUGGAAAGAGACAGGAGGAGUGGAAAAACUUUUCUCUUUACCUGCUCAGCCUUUAUGGAAUAACAGACUACUGAAGCUCUUUACCCGCUGUCUUACACCACUUGUACCAGAAGACCUUAGGAAAAGGAGGAAAGGAGGAGAGGCAGAUAAUUUGGAUGAGUUUCUCAAAGAAUUUGAAAAUCCAGAGGUUCCUAGAGAGGACCAGCAGCAACAGCAUCAACAGCGUGAUGUUAUUGACGAGCCCAUUUUGGAAGAGCCAAGCCGCCUCCAGGAAUCAACAAUGGAGACCAGCAGAACGAACUUGGAUGAGUCAGCCAUGCCCCCACCACCACCUCAGGGAGUUAAGCGAAAAGCUGGCCAAAUUGACCCAGAGCCUGUGAUUCCUCCUCAGCAGGUAGAACAGAUGGAAAUACCACCUGUAGAGCUUCCCCCAGAAGAACCUCCAAAUAUCUGUCAGCUAAUACCAGAGUUAGAACUUCUGCCAGAAAAAGAGAAGGAGAAAGAAAAGGAAAAAGAAGAUGAUGAGGAGGAAGAGGAUGAAGAUGCCUCAGGGGGUGAUCAGGACCAAGAAGAAAGAAGAUGGAACAAAAGGACUCAGCAGAUGCUUCAUGGCCUUCAGCGAGCUCUUGCUAAAACUGGAGCUGAAUCUAUCAGUUUGCUUGAGUUAUGUCGAAACACAAACAGAAAGCAAGCUGCAGCAAAGUUCUACAGCUUCUUGGUUCUUAAAAAGCAGCAAGCUAUUGAGCUAACACAGGAAGAACCAUACAGCGACAUCAUCGCCACACCUGGACCAAGGUUCCAUAUUAUAUGAGGAGCUAGAAGCAUUAUAGCUAGUGUUCAUUUCACUAGUGCGUACAACUUGCCCCCAUGUGUAGGGCACACAGAACCUUUCAAGAAAAUUUAGAUGUUCGUCUGUACAAAGUCUUUGCCUUUUUCUUUCCUCAUUUUUCCCAGCAUUUUUAAUGUAUCGAUUUCAUCUUUAAGGGAAACUGAUUAUAUGCGUUGUGUUCUGAUGGAGAAAACAGCACCCCAAGGACUCAGAAGACUUAUUUUAACAGUUCAGAACAGAUGUGUGCAAUAUUGGUGCAUGUAAUAAUGUUGAGUAGCAGUCAAAAGUCAUGGUUUUUAUCUUGUUCUCUGUUACUACAUUGAAAAGAACCCGUCUGGGAAAAAAGCCUGACAGUUUAAGAGCUAUGGGCUGAGUUUUUGACAGGGGAAAACACAAUGUCUUUCCAUCAGUAACAACAGCAAAUAUUUUUAUUAACCACUGUAUUUAGGGAUGGUACCUGAAACAUCAGAGGUAAUCCUCUUAAUAGUGUUUUAAGCUGUAAUUCCAUAAUGAGCAAGGGUGUACGUGAAAUUGUGUUGUGGCUGGCCCCCUUCAACUAUAAAAAGAUAGGACUGACUUGGUGUAAAGUGGUCUAUUUUGUAAAUCAUUCCAUUUGAGUCUUUCUGAUGAACUUUGCUAUCCUGAAAUCUGUUAUUUUAGUGAGGCUCCAAAAUGAGCAGGAAUAGGCUUAAUUAGAGUAGAAUGACUAUUAAAAAACAUUUAUACCUUUCCAAGAGCUACAAAUCAGAGUUCUAAAAGAAGUUUGGAUGUAUUUGAGUAUUCAGAUCAUGAAAAUAAAAAUCACCUUGCCUACUAAAAGGACAGAGUGAUGGGAAAUUAUACACCUGGUUGACUUAACCUUUAAGCAGACAAUGCUGUAAAAACUAAUGGCUUCUCUGAUAUUUAUUAUAAAUUCUAAUACUGAUCUCUUUCCAAUGCUGCACACUCCUGCGUGUUUGGAACUUUAUUUUAAUAGCUUUGCAACUGAAAUCCUGUAUCCAGUUUCCUGUAAUUUAGUUGAAGAAAAAUACAGCUCCAAAUAAGGGUUUUAUUAUUAACAGACCAGAUAGUACCAGAAAUCAUGUGACAAUUAUGAUUGUCAAAACAUGUCUUAACUUUUUAGGACAAAAUUAACAAUGAAAGUUCUAGCUUAAGUGUUGGCACUUUUGUGGGAAAAAUCAUUUUUAAAACUCAGAAAUCAGUGUAUACCCAGUAAUUUUAAAUUAUGUGAAAUGUUUUAAAUUUGUGAACUCGUAAUUACUGUUUUAAUGAUUCAGUUUCUUGAGAGUAAUAAUUGUAUAAAAUGCUGUUGCAUCUUGAUUUUCAAUAUGACGUGCCUGUAAACCAUGGAUCUCCUCCCUUUGUACAAAGACAUUGUAGAUAAUUGAAUGUUUGAUUAUAGAAAGGUCAUUAGUUUCUUGUUACACAUUUUGUUAGUCUGGUUUUUGUUGCUUAUCGGGUUUAAUAUUCUUGAAAAUAGUUGAUGCUAUGUUAUGUAUAACUUUUCUAAUAAAAGUUGUGUUAUAAGCUGUAAA